AUGAAAUCCUUUAGCGGAGGUCUGAUAUUCGCCGUGUUAGUGGGCGUCGGAGUGGCGGCCCCCCAUGGAGGACAUGCCACCAGCUACAGCUCGGUGGUCAAGCACGAGGAGCCCGUCCAUAAGAGCCAUGGGUAUGGAUACGACCACGAUGUGAUCAGUACCUAUGGCGGAAUCUACGGACACGGUUAUCCCAGCCAGGCAUAUGCGGGAUACGGCCACGGCUACGAGAAGCACGAACCCCACCACUAUCCCAAGUACCACUUUGACUACGGCGUCAAGGACGCCCAUACCGGAGACCAUAAGAGCCAGUGGGAGACCCGGGAUGGCGACAAGGUCAAGGGCAGCUACUCCCUCAAGGAAUCCGAUGGCACCACUCGGGUGGUGGAGUACACCGCCGACGACCACAACGGCUUCAAUGCUGUGGUGAAGAAGCUGGGACAUGCCCACCAUCCCCAGAUCUACCAAAAGAGCUACGGACACGGCGAUGUCUACGGAGCCAACUACGGCUAUGGACCCAUCGAUGUGGCACACUACGGAGGCUAUGGACACGGCGGCCAUGGGCAUGCCAGCAGCUAUGUGAGCGUGAAGCAACUGCACUGA